ACUUCCUGUUGCCAUUCUGUCUGCCUGUAAUGUUGCUGGAAGGAAGCAGCACCUGAGCCCUGGGCGUGAGAGACCCCCUCCAGCCAGCUCCAAGCUGCUGCUAACCCCGGUAACUCUUGGUAACCCUGCGGGACCGGACACUGCACUGAAUCCUGUUUCAAUGGGGCCGAAGAAGAGGAGACCUGUGGCCGCUCGGCUGCUGGAGACGAGGAGCGGGUUAUGUGCCGAACUGAAGCCUGGACUGGGAGCGGAGCUGGAGUCCGGGCGGCGGCGGCAGGAGGAGGAGGAGGAGGAAGCGGGGACCGGGACCGGGACCGGGACCGGGACGGUCUCCAGCGCCUAUUUCACUACCCAAGUGGCAGACGGCAGGCUGUCCGCGGGCUUCUUCAAUCGGCCUUGUGUGACUUUGGCCAAAGAGUUUCUGGGCCAGGUUAUGGUCCGAAAGUUUCCGGAUGGUAGUGAGGUGAAAGGCAGGAUAGUGGAGACUGAAGCCUACCUGGGAGGCGAGGACCAGGCGUCCCACUCCCGCGGGGGCAGGCAGACUCCCAGGAAUGGGGCUAUGUUUAUGGCUCCGGGCACCAUGUAUGUGUAUCAGAUCUACGGGGUGUAUUUCUGCUUGAAUGUGUCGAGUCAGGGAGAUGGCGCUGCCGUUUUACUGCGAUCUCUGGAACCUCUGCAGGGACUGGAUGCGAUGAGGCAAUUUCGCAGCAAGCGGAGGAAAGACACUGGAAAGCCCCUUAAAGACCAUGAGCUGUGCAAUGGACCCUCGAAACUGUGCCAGGCGUUAGAUAUCACCAAGACCUUUGAUAGGGGGGACUUGGCUACAGGAACUGAAAUCUGGAUGGAACCUGGCCCCGGAAAAAUAAGUGGAGCAGAUAUUGUCUCCACGAGCCGCAUUGGCAUAGGUUAUGCAGGAGAGUGGGUUAGGAAACCUUUGAGAUUUUACAUAAAGGGCAACAAAUGUGUGAGCGUUGUAGAUAGGAAAGCUGAGAAAGUGAAUGACUAAUCGGGUUGUGUGCAUACAAAUUCAUGGAUAUGGAUGGUGGUUCCAAAGCUUAAUUUUGCCGACAGAAACAUCAGACACUGUUUACAACUUUGUUCAAAAUCCCAGGUAUGGUGUGAUAUCCCAGGGAUUCUCUACGUUCUGAUUUUGUCUUUACAGUCUUCAUAUUGAUUGGCUGCAAGGGACUUGAAUCAAAAACACGGAAAACAUCUUAAAUUCCCAAACAAGUUCAAAACCAUCACUUACAGCCAGAGUAAAUUCAAUAUUGAGACUUCUUAACCAGGAAAGAGGAACUUACCAGACUUUUAAAACCACCCUGGCCAAAUUAAACCAAUUAGCAAUGAUUCAGACAGAUAAUGAUGCAACAGAUGCCUGAGAAAAUACUUUAUGAAAUAGAUGUAUUAUCUAUGUUGAAUUAACUAUUUUCACAAUAAAAUGCGUUAUAUAUUUGUUA